UUUCGAAUCAAAUAAUUUUUUUCUCUCACUAAAUAUUCAUUGUUUAAAAUUACCGAAAAAAGUAAAUUCAGAAAAAAAAAAGCAAAUCCGGCAAGACAGAAACUACCAGCUCAAUUGCCGCUUGCCAGUGGAAUCAAAACUAGUUCAACGACAAAGUUAGUUUAAUUAAUUUACAUUGAACCACAUUCAAUUUGUUUUAUCCAUACUUCCAUUUUCUAUUAUCAUACGGUUGAAUAUGUCAAUGGCCAAAUUAAACAUAAAAAACAAAACAAUCAAGAUUAUAAAUUGCAGGGUAACAAAUAGUAAUUCUUAAAAUGGAGAUCAAAACCUUCUACUACCUCUUUUCCUAUAUUUUCGUACUCACCAUUUCCACCUCACCAAUUCACUCAGCGUACUACACCAAAAGCACAACGUACACACCGGUUCAGCUGAAGAAAACACAUCUCCGGUUUUUCUUUCAUGACAACCUAGGCGGACCGGACCCAACCGUGGUUCGAAUCGCGGGUCAGCGAGAUGCAAACAACCCGAUACCGUUCGGAGCCCUAUUUGCCAUCGAUGAUCCGCUGACGGAGGGGCCGGAGUUGACGUCGAGAGCCGUCGGAAACGCUCGAGGUAUGUAUCUUUCCUCGAGCCAGGGCGAUGACGUGGCGUUGGUCUUGUACGUUGAUCUCGGUUUCACGGCGGGCAAGUUCAACGGGAGCUCGCUGAGCGUGUUUUCGAGGAAUCCGGUGGCGGAGAGGCGCCGUGAGAUGGCGGUGGUCGGCGGCAGAGGGCUGUUUAGGAGGGCGGAGGGGACGGUUUUUGUUACGACUCAUUUUGUGAAUUUUACUUAUGCGGUUCUUGAAUAUAAUGUGGAAGUUGUUCAUCCUUGAGUUGAGGAGUUUGGGUUUAUUGGGAUUUUGUGCUUUUGUAAUUUUUGUUUUUUUGUUUUCACAUUAUUUUUAUUUGUACGCUUUGUUUUCAAAGAUGAA